CUCGCUGAGAGGAGAAGACAGUUGCUGAGCUGAAAUCGUUCGGCCAUGUCGUCUUUCUCAUCGCUCUCGCCGCUCUCGGCCUACCCGCCGAGUCAGACAGAGAGUCCGUACGCGAGGGAUGGAGGGCGUGGAUUCCAUCGGGGCUCUGGCGAGGAAGCGCGGCACUGGCAGCGUGACGAGUAUGGGUACGACGGCGGCCACCGUUGCGGCGCGUCGGUGGCAAGCGCAGCAUCGGGCACAAGCUACGGCGACUCGUUCCGCCGCCGCCAGAUCCACUCGCGCGCCAACUCGAUCGAGUCCAAUCGUUCGGUCAUGUCCGCCAGAACAGAGUCCGGUCGGACCUCGCGAGAGAUGUACCGCGAGGCAGCCGAGCGUCGCCGCCGAGCCGCGCGCCGGAAGCAGGCCGCGCGCCGCAAGGCUAUGGCCGAGGAGCGGGCGCUGCUCGAGGAGCGUCGCGCGCGUAAGGAGGCGUACUACGUCGGCAACGUGUCGAUGGCAUCCGCAGCGUCGCGGCACGAUGCGUCGAUGCGGUCCCAGGCUUCCCAGGCGUCGACAGCGUCGCGGCCGCACUCGCGCGUCCUCUCACGGCGAGCGUCGUCGCGGACGUGGUCACGAGCACCGUCGCGCGCCCGCUCCCGCGACGGCUCCAUCCCGGCCUGGAACGCCCGGCAAGGCUCCCAGCUUGCUGACGCCUACGCCGACGACGCCAUGAUUAGCCAGCUGCUGGCCAUGCCGUCGUCGUCGCGCCCGUCGUCGCGCGCCUCGUCAUUGGCGUCGGCGCCGUCGGUCGCCAUCCCAUCCCGCCGUGGCCCACUGAGGGCCCCGCGCCGGGCCAACGCGCUGUCAGCGCUCAUCGGCGACGGCCACGCAUCGCCCAAGGCCUCGCCCAAGCGGUACGCUGGCUACCGAUCCGACUCGUCGUCGGAUGAGAGCGGCGACAACGGGUCUGCUGGCAUGCCGUCGGUCUGCGCACCCAGCCCGCGCCUCGCGCCGCGAUACUCGCAACCACGCGAGACCGCGGCCGAGCCGCAGCUCCACCGCGAGCACGACAGCGGUGGUUACGCCAGCAGAGGGCAGGCGCAUCGCGGCGGGGCUGGGCGUCCAAGUUCCGCCACCGCGCGUGCUGCCGCGCUCGACCGGCUGCGAGAGAAGGAGCGCCGGCGGUCGCUGGCCAAGGUCUCGGCCGACCAGUUCAAGGUGCCAGAGCGGCGGCCGGCACCGGCCGCACCACCGCGAGUCGUCUCCGAGUUCAAGGCUUCGCAACUCGCCGAGCAGUACUUUACCCGCCACGAGCCGAUGGUGCCCGAGCUUCAGGACAAGGUCGGCCUUGCAGCCCGGCCUUCGACCGCCGAGCUCGCCGCCAAGAUGCAGGGCUACGACAGAAGCGAGGUGCAGAAGCUCGCUCGCCGCGCCAGUGCGCAGCCGCGGUCCAUCGUCCGUGCCGCAGGCACCCUCCGCGGCAUCGUGCCCGAGACCGAGCUCUCACACGAGGAGGAGCGCAUCCUCAAGUCGAUUGCGCGUCUCAAUCUUGAGCUCGAGAAGGCCCGCGCCGAGGGCAGCCGCACCGAGAGCGCUCGCGGCUCCGAGGCCCCGCUCGCAGCGAUUCGAGUCGCCGCGGCUGGCGUCGCCGGCGCUGUCGUCGGCUAGGUCGUCGGGUGCGCCAUCGCGGGCCUCGUCGCACCGCCCCUCGCGCGCGCGUUCUGCGCGAUCCCUGACAUCCGCCGCGUCGUCGCGGUCGACAGCAUCGUCAACAUCGUCGUACGCAGCGCGGAUGAUGCGCCG